CACUAUAAGGAAAACGUCUACCAGUAUUGUGCCAUGGCUUCACCACCUUUCAAUCCCGUGGGAGACCCGAGGGUUGAGCAUCGCCAUAGUCAGGUGAACGGUUACAACUAUCAUUACCUAUACGCGGAGCCAGCCAACGGCAAAUUCGAAGCUACCGUAUUCUUGAUUCAUGGCUGGCCCGACUGCUCAGCGGGGUGGCGCUAUCAGAUCCCUCUUCUUUUGGACAUGGGAUUGAGAGUCGUAGCUCCUGAUCUUAUGGGGUUCGGCGGGACGGAUGCGCCGAAAGUCCCGCCCAACGACAUCUCUCUCUAUGGCUUCAAACGUGCUUCGGAUGACAUCGCGGAGCUCGCAAAGAUUGUCGGCUCGCGACAGAUUAUUCUUGGUGGCCACGAUUGGGGAGGUGCUGUCGUGUGGAGAGCCGCACUUUGGCAUCCCGACUUAAUAUCACACGUGUUCUCUGUAUGCACUCCUUACUCGGCACCUUCCAAACAAUAUAUCUCCACCGAAGAUCUCGCGAGAGGGCCUUUGCCACAGUUCGGUUACCAGAUACAACUCGCCUCCGGGGAAGUGGAGAAAUUUAUCAAAGACGAGCCAUCGAUUCGUCAAUUUCUGAAAGGCAUAUACGGGGCAAAGGGGGCCAAUGGCGAACACCUUAUGAUUCCAGAGCAGGGCAUUAUUCCCGAGACUCUACCUCUGGUCGGAGACAGUAGACUGUUGAAUGGCAAGAUGCUGGACUAUUAUGUGCAGGAAUAUAGCCGUCACGGCAUUCACAGUACUCUAAACUGGUAUCGCAGCCGGAAGGUGAAUUGGGAGCAGGAAUUAGAGCUUGUCAAGCAGAACAAGAAGACGAUCUCGAUUCCCACGCUCUUUGUGCAGGCCAAUUUCGAUUCGUACCUGAAGCCUGAGAUGUCGAAAAGUAUGGGUGCCUUCAUGCCAAAUUUGACUAGAGGAGACGUGGAUGCCACGCACUGGAUUUUGAUGCAGAAGCCCGCCGAGGCCAACCUCAUUAUCAAGAACUGGCUGCAAGGCCAAGGUUUUGGCUUGAAAACCAGAAGUUCGCUUUAGACC